AUGACUUCUUGGUACAGCGAGGCAAGCUCCCGUCCAGCUUUCGCCAGCAAGCAAGCUCCCGUGAUCAGCUUUGGCCGACCCUUUCCAGAAUUAUGCCUCAAGCAAGUCCAAGAGCAUUUCCAGUGCUCGCGAGUCUACAUCAUCGCGUCCCGUUCGUUAUCAAACAACACUUCUUCUCUUCAAGAUCUCAAGUCUGCUCUCGGGGAUCGCGUUGCAGGUGUUCGUAUUGGCAUUUCGCCACAUACACCCAUUCCGGAGAUAGUCGACAUUCUGGCCGAAGUCAAGACCCUCAACAUCGACUGCAUCGUGACUCUUGGCGCAGGUAGUCUCACGGACGGGGCAAAGCUUGUGCGUUUUGCCAUCGUCAACAAUGCUUGGACUCGCGAUGAGAUUGACACGCUCUGGGGCGGAAAGUCGCAUAAUCCGAACAUGCGGGAGACUUUGCAUAAGCCGACGAUUCCCUUGAUUUGUAUUCCGACCUCACUAUCGGGUGGAGAGUAUCAGGCUAUCGCUGGAGCGACUGAUGAAAAGACCAAAGCCAAGCAUACGUUUGAGCCAAACGUCGAUCCAGACUUUGUCAUUCAAGAUCCGCAAUUGACUACCACGACUCCUCGGAAGGUCUGGCUUAGUACUGGAAUCCGAGCCGUGGAUCAUUGCGUUGAGACAUUGUGCUCACUCCAGAGUAACCAGGAUGGCGACGACGCGGCAGUAAGGGGUCUUGAGAAGUUGAUACCUGGUCUACUACGAUGCAAGCAUGACCCAGAGGAUCUGGAUGCUCGCCAUCUCUGUCAGAUAGGUGUCGUGGAAGCCAUGCGCGCGGUAUCUAGUGGUGUACCCCUGGGUGCCAGCCACGCUAUCGGUCAUCAACUUGGCCCAUUGGGGGUUGGACACGGUGAAACGAGCUGCAUUCUUCUUCCUGCUGUGUGUAAGUUCAACGCCAAAAAGGGCGUCAACAACGAUCAGCAGAAGAGGACGCUCGAGAUAAUAGUGAAUCAGGAACCUGUCAAAGAACUCAUGCAAGGCGUGGAGGAUCAAGACUUGGGAGAUAUUUUGGACUUGAUUAUUCGAGAAUUGGAUAUGCCGAGGACACUGAAGGAUGUUGGAAUCGGUUCUGAUCACUUGCCUGGUCUGGCUAAGAAUAGCUUAAACGAUAUUUGGAUCAAGACUAAUGCUUACACGAUUACAAAGGAAGAGGAGGUUAUGGAGAUUCUGGAAGCCGCCUCGGGCGAGUAA